AGAGGAGAACCUGCACCACCAAGGCGCGUCCUUUGACGGUUUAAGCCGUGCCAAUAGCAACUUGGUUGCGCCUCGGCGAACGACAACUAUGUCCGGCUUGGGUUUAGCAGGGUCUGUAGACCCAAUACAGGCAACUUCGCCUGGUCCAAGAAGUCCGAAUGCGGCCAUAGACUCCAUCAGUGACGAGUUUAUGGAGUUCUACGAUGCCGAUGAGCAUCAUCCAACACUGGCAAAAUCCGCCAAUGAAAAGAGUUACUUUGGCAACAAGGGCUCCCCCUCACCUGCGCCACUCUACGCGAGUAAUAGAUACUACCAACAUAUUACACACCAGCCGUACCCCUUACUGGGUGUCCCCAGUUCGCAGUCGUUUGAUCAGCCCUCUCCGCAUCCAGGGGUGACGCGUGUGGGGCGUUUGGGAUCAUUAACAGAAGGUACCGGUUUAGAGCGAUACGGCGCAUCUCUAGAUGGCUCUGUACGGAACUCGAGCAGGGAUGUGGCUACAGGUGGCAAUGCAGAACCACUGGCGCGAGAGGAGGUGCUACCCAAUGAUGGCUUGGAUGGGAACCGACUGCUGACCAAAGCCUCGUCUGUGACUGAGUUGAUGUCAGCCCCGCAGAGUACUACCAGCACCAACCACAGCAACAACGACCAUGUGAACAGAUGCGAGAGAGAGCACAGGAGCGGCACAGGGGAUAGACCCAGCCAGGAGGCGGAUAGUCUACACUCGACGCACCGGCAGUCAGCUGUGAGGAUGCAUAGUGAUGGUGUAUGUAGAGACAGUGACGGUUAUAAAGGCCCUGGAGGAGCGGGGAAUUCCCGGGGGGGUGUGAAUGUACGGGACAGUGGGCUCAAGAGUCUUCUCUCGACCAUUUCGAACCAGACGACGGCGAGUAUGGAGCGGAUGCUCAGUAGUAAUAGCAGUACCAACAGCACACACAGCUUCAGCAACACCGCCAAAACGCAUAACCAGGUCAGUGGUGAUAGGGAUACGGAUUACCCUAUCGAUGACGACCACCUAGACAACAACAAUAACAACACCAAUAACACCAAACAAAGUAGUACCAGCAGCCACGGCAACAGCAGGAGUGGCCGUGGCAGGAAUGUGCGGACGACGGAGUCAACCACGCAUGUGAGCUCUCCAUCGAGACACAGGAGAGAUAGACCCAGGCUGUGUUUAUCACCUGGCGAACCAGAGGACUAGGACUGGCCCAGUCUCUGGUGCUCUGAGCCUCUGGGGCAGAAGACAACUAAAUACUAUCUAGUUCAGGCUCUGGUGAGCUGAGGAGGUACUGGUGGCAUUGCCUAUGGGUAUUGUAUCAUCUAUGCAUCACAUAUUACAAGUUAGAACCCCAAUCGUGCAGUAAGCGGAAGGAGACUCUCAGCCAUGCUGUCCUUUUAGAAGGCUAUGGUGGACUUGAGUUUCAAGUGUGAGAUAUAAAAUUUCGGC